AUGUCUUCAGUUUAUUUUGAUGUUUCAGCCGAUGGCCAAAAAUUAGGUAAAAUUACCUUUAAAUUAUAUGAUGAUGUUGUUCCAAAAACUGCAGCAAAUUUCAAAGCUUUAUGUACUGGAGAAAAAGGUUUUGGUUACAAAGGAUCAAUUUUCCAUAGAGUUAUUCCACAAUUCAUGUUACAAGGUGGUGAUUUUACAAACUUUAAUGGUACUGGUGGUAAAUCAAUUUAUGGUGAAAAAUUUGCUGAUGAAAACUUUAACAAAAGACAUGACAGACCAGGUUUAUUAUCAAUGGCUAAUGCUGGUCCAAACACCAAUGGUUCACAAUUCUUUAUCACCACUGUUCCAUGUCCAUGGUUAGAUGGUAAACACGUUGUUUUUGGAGAAGUUGUUGAUGGUAUUGAUGUUGUUAAACAAAUUGAAAGAUUUGGUUCAGGUUCAGGUGCAACUUCUAAAAAAAUUACCAUUGAUGAUUCAGGAUUAGCUUAA